AUGGGCCCCCCCGGCGUGCUGCCCGCCCUGGCCUGGCUGCUGGUGGGGCUGAGCGUGCCGGUGCCAUGCCGGAGCCAGCCACACGGCGAGAAGGGCAUCUCCAUCCCUGACCACGGCUUCUGCCAACCCAUCUCCAUCCCGCUCUGCACAGACAUCGCCUACAACCAGACCAUCAUGCCCAACCUGCUGGGUCACACCAACCAGGAGGACGCAGGCUUGGAGGUCCACCAAUUCUACCCUUUGGUGAAGGUGCAGUGCUCGUUGGAGCUGAAGUUCUUCCUGUGCUCCAUGUAUGCGCCGGUCUGCACGGUGCUGGAGCAGGCCAUCCCUCCCUGCCGCUCCAUCUGCGAGCGGGCACGCCAGGGCUGCGAGGCCCUCAUGAAUAAGUUUGGUUUCCAGUGGCCUGAGCGAUUACGGUGCGAGAACUUCCCCCGGCACGGCGCCGAGCAGAUCUGUGUGGGGCAGAACCACUCAGAGGACGGUGGCUCCCCGGCACUGCUCACCAGCGCCACACCACUGGCUGGCCAGGGCACCCCGGGUGCCCCUCGUUAUGCCACCCUUGACCACCCCUUCCACUGCCCGCGGGCGCUGAAGGUGCCCAGCUACCUCAACUACAAGUUCCUCGGGGAGAAGGACUGCGCAGCGCCCUGUGAGCCCACCCGGCCUGACGGCCACAUGUUCUUCAACGAGGACGAGAUCCGUUUCGCCCGCAUCUGGAUCCUCAUCUGGUCCGUCUUGUGUUGUGCCUCGACCUUCUUCACUGUCACCACCUACCUGGUGGACAUGCAGCGUUUCCGCUACCCCGAGCGCCCCAUCAUCUUCCUCUCAGGCUGCUACACCAUGGUGUCGGUGGCCUACAUCGCCGGCUUCGUGCUGGAGGAGAGGGUGGUCUGCAAUGAGCGGUUCCAGGAGGACGGCUACCGCACGGUGGUACAGGGCACCAAGAAGGAAGGCUGCACCAUCCUCUUCAUGAUGCUCUACUUCUUCAGCAUGGCCAGCUCGAUCUGGUGGGUCAUCCUCUCCCUCACCUGGUUCCUGGCUGCCGGCAUGAAGUGGGGCCACGAGGCCAUCGAGGCCAACUCGCAGUACUUCCACCUGGCUGCCUGGGCCGUGCCGGCCGUCAAGACCAUCACCAUCCUGGCCAUGGGGCAGAUCGACGGGGACCUGCUGAGCGGCGUCUGCUUUGUGGGCCUCAACAACAUUGACCCUCUGCGGGGCUUCGUGUUGGCCCCGCUCUUCGUCUACCUCUUCAUCGGCACCUCCUUCCUGCUGGCUGGCUUCGUCUCCCUCUUCCGCAUCCGCACCAUCAUGAAGCACGGCGGGACCAAGACGGAGAAGCUGGAGCGGCUGAUGGUUCGCAUCGGGGUCUUCAGCGUCCUCUACACCGUCCCUGCCACCAUCGUCAUCGCCUGCUACUUCUAUGAGCAGGCUUUCCGCGAGCACUGGGAGCGCAGCUGGAUCAGCCAGAACUGCAAGAGCUUGGCCAUCCCCUGCCCGCUCCACUUCACCCCCCGCAUGACCCCCGACUUCACCGUCUACAUGAUCAAGUAUCUCAUGACUCUCAUCGUGGGCAUCACCUCUGGCUUUUGGAUAUGGUCGGGGAAAACCCUGCACUCCUGGAGGAAGUUCUACACGCGGCUCACCAACAGCAAGCAGGGCGAGACGACGGUGUGA